AACACCAAGGCAAGAUGACAGUGGUGCAACAGGUUCAUAUUCACUGCGAGUGCCAUCAUCGUCGUGGUCUGCUCUAUGUGGUGCGCCCUUGGGCCUGGGGUCGUCCCUGCCGUCGCUGCCGUCGCUCAAUGGCGCGCAAUCUCGUCGUGGUGCCCGCCGCAGGUCCACCGGCUGUGACUCUGAAUGGCAGCAUGCGAAGAGCCUGCGCAACGCCCGUUGUGGUGACCACCACCAACCAAGCAGUGACAGUGCCACAGCAACAGCAACAGGUGACUGUGACACCAGCACAAACGGCCCUCGAUUGGCAGAGCUCACAGGAAGCCUUUCCCUCCGUCUUGCCGCCCAAGUAUAACAAUUGCGUGGCCGUCAACUGAGGCUCAACUGUUGCAUCCUGAUGCACUUUUGGUUGUGACUUUGACUUUAUCUCAUAUAAAGAAAUAAAUUUGCUGCUAGUUUUAAGUUAUUCUUUA